AUUCGAUAGUUAGGAUUCCGGGCUCUUUUGGUAGUACAACCAGCGUGCUCACGAAGCAAAAGCAGAAAACCUCACUCUGAACUGAAAAAUUCGAAAUCCCCAAACUCAUAAAAAAUAUAUUCACUGAAAAUUUUCACUUCUCCGUGGCCGGAUUAUUCUAUUUAUUUGAUCGGAGUUCGGGUACAAUUUUGUGUCAUUGUAUCUGAGUGGCAUAUGCUUUGUUAUCAAUGGAAACAGUGGUUGAUAUGCUGGGAGAUGAGGAAGCUAGAGAUGAAGAUUUUCGGUCGCAAGACACUGCAGACCCUAUUGUUUACCAGCUCGUUCGGGUUGAUGGCAAUGGGAGAUUAGUACCUGCAACAGAUGAUGAAGUUAUAGCAGUCGAAGACUUGAUUGAAGAUGAUAAGUGCAAAGUAAGAAAUAUAGACGAUGGCCAGACUCUAGGAUGCAGUAUAAAUAGUGGGAGUAAACCAUGUGCUUCAAAAACAGCUGAGUUUGAGAGCUCAGGUCAGACACAGCUUAAGGUCCUAGAAGUUGGCAGAGAAAAGCAAAUUUUGUCACCUGAAGCUGAAAUUGGUUAUAUAGAAGUAGAUGUUAAGCAUGAGGAUAAGAUCUCUAAAUUGGUUCCAAAUGCAAUUGAUGUCAGUGAAUGCCAAUCUGGGAGUGUAGAGGGAUGCUCAAAGCAUUUAGAUGAAUCAAACAAGGCCAAAACCUCCAACUCUCCUGUUGGUGCUGACUUUAGACCUGAUUUCUCACUGUUGAAUGGGGAAAUACACCUCGACAACCUGUCAGUUAAAGAUCUUCAGGAGAUUUUUCACGCGACAUUUGGAAGACAAACUUCUGUGAAAGACAAAGAGUGGCUCAAAAGGAGAAUUAUUAUGGGAUUGACUAAUUCCUGUGAUUUCUCUACCACAACUCUAGUAAUUUCUGAUAACAGAGUGGUGAAGAAAGGUAAAGAUGAAACCAGUCAAAGUAUGGAUGGUUCUGUUUUGGUUGAUUGUGUAGUUACAUCUGCUCUGGAGACAGAUGAAAGUCCAACCACUGUCCAUGAUGAACCCAUCGAAACCCACCCAAUUGGUAAUGCUAUGGCAAUACAAAGUUCUGUUAGUCAAGAUAAUUGUGAAAGUAAUGAUACUGACACAGAACAAAGACCAGUAAAACGAGUUCGAAAGCCCACAAGACGGUAUAUUGAAGAAAUUUCUGAAGGAGAAUCCAGAGAUUCUGGUGCACAAACUGCCUCCUCACUUGAACCCCCCGCAUGUGACCAGCCAUCUGAAGAAGUUUGUGUUAGACCUAUUCAGAAUUUUGGACUAGAUCGGAGAUAUCUCACAAGGAAAGAUUCUCUUGGAGGUUUUGGAAUUCAGGUUCCAUACGUCAAUCGCAUUCGCCGGAGCCGUCCAAGGAAAAAUUUUGUGACUCUGUCUGUUGCUUAUUCGGAGAGAUGCACUUCAGAAACAGAAAGGAAAACUCUUCAGUUGGAGCAGGAAGUGAAACUAAAAAGUAUGGAAACGUUGAAGUCUAAUUCAGAUGACGAUGUUGUCACUGUACCUACUGCAAAUGGAGGAAUGAGGAGGAAGCAUCAUCGACCUUGGACACUCGGUGAAGUUGUUAAACUGGUUGAGGGUGUUUCAAAAUAUGGUGCUGGUAGAUGGUCAGAGAUCAAACGCCUUGCUUUUGCUUCAUAUUCUUACCGAACAUCAGUUGACCUAAAGGACAAAUGGAGGAAUCUCCUGAGAGCCAGCAUGGCUGAAUCACCAACAGGAAAUGGGGUUGACAAUGUUGGGUGGAUUUACAGAUGCAGAGUUCUCGGAAGCAUGCAUCAGUUCCCAUUCCUGCUCAGAUUCUGUCAAGGGUGAGAGAACUUGCUGAUACACAAACACAGGUUCCUCCAAGCCUCACCUCUAGCAAAUUAAUCAGACAUAAUGACUCCAAUAAUCCUGUACGCGUUGUAGAUGUGCAUGUUAGCUAUUUUGAUUAAGAACUCUGAUGUAGUGUAAAAUAAACUGUAGGGGUGGUGUAUCCUAGGGCAUUAGUUUGUGUUAAUAUAUCGAUGUUUGAUGAUCAUUGGAAACUCUUGUUUUUGACUAACACAGCAUCAGUGGGGUUAGAGACGUGUGUAUUUGUUGUGACAGGUCACAGGGUUCGGUUGCUUGGAUUCCAUCGGUCAUGAGGUUUUUGCUCCAAAUUCUGUAAUAGAUGUUUAGUUAACGGUUAAUCGCUAAAUAAAUCACCAUUUUUAACCCGUUUUGCGAUUUAGACACUAUAUUUAAAAUCAACGUACCUUUCGUAUUUUUCCCGAGCAAAAACACAUGAAAGAUGAAAUGAAACUAUUGUUGGGUGUA